CACUCUCGGACUCGGAGGGACGCGGCGGCCACAACGACACAUGCACCAGUGGUCCCCAGUCACCGGCUAUAUACGAAAGACACUUUUGGCUUUUUUCCUCAGCUGGGAGACGCUCGGUUGAAAGUCCUCCAUGAUGCUUGGAGCAGUUAAAAUGGAAGGACACGAACACACCGACUGGAGCACCUACUACGCAGAGCCCGAGUGUUACACCUCUGUUGGCAACAUGAACGCCGGCCUGGGCAUGAACACGAUGAACACCUACAUGAGCAUGUCCGGCAUGAGCACCUCGGCCAACAUGUCGGCCAACUCCAUGAACAUGUCUUACGUCAACACGGCCAUGAGCCCCACCAUGACCGGGAUGUCCCCCGGCGCCGGCGCCAUGAACGGCAUGGGAGCCGCCGGCAUGACGGCCAUGAGCGCGGCCCUCAGCCCCAGCAUGAGCCCAAUGACCGGACAGCCCGCCUCCAUGAACGCCCUAACGUCUUACACCAACAUGAACGCCAUGAGUCCCAUCUACGGCCAGUCCAACAUCAACCGCUCCAGGGACCCGAAGACUUACCGGAGGAGCUACACGCACGCUAAGCCGCCUUACUCAUACAUCUCCCUCAUCACCAUGGCCAUCCAACAAUCACCCAGUAAAAUGCUGACUCUGGCUGAAAUCUACCAGUGGAUAAUGGACCUAUUCCCCUUUUACCGGCAGAAUCAGCAGCGUUGGCAGAACUCAAUCCGCCACUCGCUCUCCUUCAAUGACUGCUUCCUCAAAGUGCCCAGGUCGCCGGAUAAACCCGGAAAAGGCUCCUUUUGGACUCUGCACCCAGACUCGGGGAACAUGUUCGAGAACGGCUGCUACCUGCGCCGCCAGAAGCGCUUCAAGUGCGACAAGAAGAUGUCCGGCGUCAAGGAGUCCGGACGGGGCAAGGUGGGCGGCGACGGCUCGUCCCACAGCAGCUCCGAGAGCUGCAACGGCAACGAGUCGCCUCACUCCAACUCGUCCGCGGGCGAGCACAAAAGAGCCAUGUCGGACUUGAAGGCGAGCCAGGCUCUGAGCCCGGAGCACGCCGCUUCUGUCGCAGCCGCCGCUGCCGCCGCCGCUGCCGCAGCCGCCGCCUCGUCCAUCUCGUCUCCGGUGACCCAGGGCCAACACCUCCUUUCCCAGCAUCAUUCGGUCCUGCAGGCCCACGACCCGCACCUGAAGCCGGAGCACCACUACUCAUUUAACCACCCGUUCUCCAUCAACAACCUCAUGUCGUCGGAGCAGCAGCACCACCACCAUCAUCAUCACCACCACCACAAAAUGGACCUAAAGACUUAUGAACAGGUGAUGCAUUACUCGGGUUACGGCUCACCCAUGACCGGGGCCCUCUCCAUGGGUUCCAUGGCGGGGAAAGCGGGCCUGGAUUCCUCCUCCAUACCUGACUCCUCUUAUUAUCAAGGAGUCUAUUCCAGGCCCAUCAUGAACUCGUCAUAAACGGACUUCUAUCUCAUCGUGUACAUUUGUAAAAAUAAAAUAAAUACAUAUAGAAUUUGUGUAAGAUAUGUAUUUGAAAUAUUUUCCCCCAUCGUUUUAGCUGUCGAGUUUGUUAGUAGUAUUGUUAAUAAUCCAUGACACUGACUGAUAAUGUGACCUGUUCAAACGUCCGAUGCAGGAAUAAACUCCAAAGAAAACAAAUCAAUAAACAAAACAAAAACACAAAUAAAAAAACGAAAGAAAAAGAAAUUGUAAAAAAAACAAACAAACAAAAAAAACCCUCAUUUGCUUAACGGGACUCUGGACUGAAUUUCAAAACAAAUGGAUUUCUGCAAUCAUUUGUGUAAUUGCUAUUUAUGGCUUGUAUAUGUGUAUUCUUGUAGUGACAAGAACAGAAUCUAUAUUAAAGUGUUAUUGGUCAUGUUUUCUGAAAAUGAUGCUUUUCUGUGGAAUUCUUAUUGCACGGAUGUAUUACGUGUAAAAUUUCCCUUAUUUGUUGUCAUUAACCGGUUGGGGGACAAUCAAACAUAUU